GAACCAUGAGAAGGGUACACCAUCGAUACCUGCAGUGGUCUGUUCGUUGGACUCAGCAAUCGCCUGUGCUUCCAUUUUGAGUUGGCUUUCUUGGCUGGUGGACCUUCCUGUCUUACUGUCUUUAUUAGCCUGGAGACGCACCUGAAGAGCAAUUCUUUUGGCUUGAAACGAUCGGUCUGCGUGGUUUGAGGCACGCGAGAUGUGUACAGCAACUAAUGAUAGGCUUUGCUUCAGCCGUUAGCAGCUGUAGCAACGGCAGCAGCAGCAGCAGCAGCAGCAGCAGCAGCAGCAGCAGUAGCGCUCCCGACAGUGGCCAAGGCGGUCCCGUCAGGCCGACUGAUCAUGCUAGAAUCACAAGUAGUGCUUUUGUCCCGAGUCGGAGCCCUUCGCCUAUCAUGCAAGAUUCACAAGUCGUUCAGAAUCCGCGACAGUGUCAAUGGGCCUCCAGCCAGGCUCAGCAGUCCAGUUAUGGCUGCCAGCGCUGCUGAGAGCCAUCCGCAGUGCGGGUGCUCGCCAAUGCAUCUGGGGUCGCCGCUGCACCUGGAAUGCACCGCCAGGGCCUGCUCCCGCGGUCCUGCAACCGCUAACCACGAAUUCCCUGGCCGAGAACCCCCUUAUCCAGAAUUCUCUGACCGAGUAACUCCGUAUCGAGGAUUACCGUACCGAGGAUCCGCUUAUCAGGAACCUUCUUAUCGAGAAUCUUCUCUCCGAAUUCUUCUUGAUGGGGGAUCCCCGGGCCGGAAAUUCCCAA